AUGUCUCCCGCACAGGACAUCGCCGGCAACCAUGUCGACAAGCUGGCCCGCAGCGUUUCCAACAGCCUUAACUUCAGCACCAGCCCCAAUCUCUCCUUCCACAGCCCACCCAGCACACUGCGCAACCCGCCGUCUGGUAGCUUUGGCAAUGCCCAGUUAGGCAACAUGCCCAACGCCUCCAACGCCUCGCAGCUCGCCAAGCAACUGAAACCCUUUGACACAAAGGACAUCAAGGUGCUCCUCCUCGAAAAUGUAAACGAAGCUGGUGUCGACAUCCUGCGUGGCCAAGGCUACCAAGUGGAAGCCAUCAAAGCCUCUCUGCCCGAAGACCAGCUCAUCGAAAAGAUUCGCCAUGUACAAGUCAUCGGCAUCCGGUCCAAGACCAAGCUCACCAAGCGCGUCCUCGAAGAAGCAAAGAACCUCAUAGUCAUUGGCUGUUUCUGCAUUGGCACAAACCAGGUCGAUCUCCAAACCGCUGCGCAAAUGGGCAUUGCAGUCUUCAACUCGCCAUUUAGCAACUCCCGCUCCGUCGCCGAACUCGUCAUCUCCGAGGUCAUCGCCCUCGCCCGCCAACUCACGGACCGCAGCAUGGAGCUGCACAACGGGACAUGGAACAAAGUCAGCAAAGGCUGCUGGGAGAUUCGUGGCAAGACGCUGGGCAUAGUUGGUUAUGGGCACAUUGGCAGUCAACUCAGUGUAUUGGCCGAGUCCAUGGGUAUGGAUGUCAUUUACUACGACGUCUUGACCAUGAUGGGUCUGGGCACCGCAACACAGGUCAAUUCCCUCGACGACUUGCUCUCACAAGCCGAUUUCGUCUCUCUCCACGUUCCCGCGACCAGCGAAACCAAGAACUUGAUUGGCGCUGCUGAAUUUGCAAAAAUGAAAGACGGCUCCUACCUCAUCAACAAUGCUCGCGGAACCGUUGUCGACAUCCCCGCGCUCAUCGAAGCCUCGCGCGCUGGUAAGCUCGCCGGCGCAGCGCUAGACGUCUUCCCUAACGAACCUGCUGGCAACGGGGAUUACUUCUCAAACGACCUCAACAGCUGGACCAAGGAUCUCGUCGGCCUGAAGAACAUCAUCCUGACACCACACAUCGGCGGCAGCACCGAAGAAGCACAGAGUGCGAUUGGAGUAGAAGUUAGCACGGCCUUGGUGCGAUAUGUGAAUGAAGGUGCUACGCUGGGUGCCGUCAACAUGCCCGAGGUAAACUUGAGGGGGUUGGCAAAGGAUCAACCAGAUUGCAUGCGUGUCAUUUUCAUCCACAAGAACGUUCCUGGUGUGCUUAGACAAGUCAACGGUAUCCUCCUCCACCACAACAUUGAAAAGCAAAUGUCAGAUUCGAGAGGCGAUGUCGCCUAUCUCAUGGCAGACAUUAGCGAGGUCAAGGAGGGCGAAAUCAAAGAUUUAUUCACCAGUUUGCAGGAGUUGAGUUCGUGUAUCCGUACAAGAGUAUUGUAUUAG